AUGAGGCUUUGACAAGAAAACGAUCGGGGAAGAAAAUUUGUCCGCUAAUCAGAGGUGUCCGAUUUUUAGAGUGUCCGUUAAUUGGGGAGAAUACUGUAAUUAUGGCUUUGAAAAAAGCAAGUAUUUUAAAACAUAUUGGCUAAAAGCUUUUUCGUCUGACACUCCUCAGAGUAUAAAACGUCAGGAUAAGGGUUCAAAAGAACACGAUGAAAAAUAUAUACUCAGUUGUGGAUCGAAAUAGGCCAAUCAGAAAAACGCAAGCACCAGACCGUUAUAGUUGACCAAUCAGUGCUGCAUGCCUAAUAAAAAAUUACCACUGGAGAGAAUGAAGUUUGAACGUUGCAGAUUUGAAUAAUUAGGCCUACCUAUUGGCAACCUGUUACAAGUAGAAAGAUUCAAAUAGAACUCCGUUUGAAUAAGAUGAUGCCACGGAUCAAUGAUUGUUUACCGGUGACCUUUGUUGUCACUCUCAAACAUAUGAUUUAGCUAAAUUCAAACUUGUUCAGUCGUAUAAUUUUGGGGAAUGCAUAAGACGCCCCCGGCAACUCCUCAGCCUGUGAACCCAAAAAAGGUUCUCAUCAAAAGGUCCAGGGGGAAUGCAUCUUACAAGCUGUAUCUGUUUAGUCCUAAGCUCUACAAACGAUGCUUAUUAUUAGAUUUAGUACAUAUAUAUGUAAAGAAUUGCUAUGGUUGAGCCGCAAUAUCAACGUUGGAUUUAAAGCAUCACACUUGAAGGUGUCUUAAUGCUGCUUUCUUCAGAUAAAAAAUGCUUGGCCUAUUUGUUGUUUGUUUGCUUUGUCGUCUUGUCGACUUUUUAUGUGCUACAAGGAAAUCGGAGGCUUUCGACCAAGGCGAUACAAAAUCAUGACGAUGAGAAACUAAGCAUUUUUUAUGAAACUUGGUGUAAAGUGAGAAGAUACAUGAAGGAUUGGCGGAGAAUCAAGCAAGGAUGCGACGGUCUAAUCGAAUGGGGAUCUACGAAAAGAGGCUGGGACGAACGAACAGAUGCUGGAAAAAGCAUAGUAAUUGCCAUGGAUAUACGACGCACAUAUGAGUUCAGUCGAGUAUGGAUUGAAUCAAGAACAAGUGACAACAGCGCAAAGAAAAUUGGAGGUGAUUCAUGGCGGGUUCAUUUACGAGGACCUUCUUCACCAUCAGCCACUGUGUUUGAUCAUCGAAAUGGGACUUAUGAAGUUGCCUUUCUUCUCAUUGAGCCGGGGACAUACACUUUAAAGGCCUAUUUGGAACAUUCGUUGUGCGAUGGGCUGAAGGAUCCCCCGGAUAACUGGUUCAUUGUUGGCAAUGCGCAAGGAAAGUACCAGCCACAGGGAACUCUGGGAUUGGACCAUGCUUACAUUUCCAAGAAACUAAAUCCAUUAAGACCAUUGCAAAUCAACAUCCAGGAACAGGAAUCCUUAGAGUAUACCCAAGCCGUCCAAAUGCUGAUGGAGAAUGGCCACAAAAUAUGUAAAGAUAACUGUAGUUUUAUAUGGGACGGACAAGGUAGAUGGAUUGAUGACAAGUGGCACCCAUACCAGCGCAGCAAAUCUUUUGAGAAAGAAACUUCAUUACGCCCAAUUAACAAGAACCAUGACGGGACAUUGUGGUUUUACGGCGAUUCAGUGAUGGCACAAUUUUACAAUAACAUCAAACUCUUUGGAAAACUUUGCCACAUGUUCAGUGGUGGCUGUGGACAUACCUAUAACUGGGUAUACAAAAUCACUGGUUACAACACAACGCGUGCAAAAAUUGAGAAUGAUGACAAGGAUUUCAAUGUAACAAGAAUAACUGACGAGGUUUUGCAAGUCAUUUCAUCUCCUUGGAUCAACAAACCCGAAUCAGUCAUCAUUAUGAACUUUGGACUCCAUUUUACUGAAAGCUCGUCGUUUUCAAAUUAUAAAACUUUGAUUACGAGGCUGAUCAACAUAAUCAAACACGAAAAGAGGUUUCAGGGCAGAGUGAUCUGGCGCACAACAACGGCCCUGAACAAACACAAACUUGGUGGAAAAGACCAGCAUUCUAGAAGAUUCCUAACGCAACAGCGAGUUAUCCUGUUCAACGCCUUCGCAACUAGCCAAAUGUGCAACGCAGGAAUACCAAUUUUAGACUUGUUUCCUUUGACCGAUUCUUAUCCAAAAGGAUCUGGCAUUGCAGGCUACCAGUUUGAUGCUGUGCAUUAUGAGCAUUCUACAUUUGCAAAGGCUGAAAGACUGUUGGAGGAAGUGAUGAAAAGGAAGGUCAUCUAGAUUCAGCCCAUACGAUGCUUCAGUCAAGAAAUGAGCGACAAGAUUUGCCAGCCCAACUCUGAUGUACUGCACUUUGACACGCUUUGAAAGUGCAAGAACAUAGGCUUAGUAUUUUCACUAUUUUUUUCAACUGGCUGUAAGCUACCAUUUUUUAACGCUUAAUUGCAUUGUAGAAAAACUAGCUUUUAAAC